CCUCUGCAUUAACAGAAAACUCCAGAACAUCCACAGAGAACGCAACAUGCAGCUCAACCAGAAGAUGAUGAUGAGACUUGCUGCCAUUGCUGUCAUUAUGUCAGUGAUGAUCAUGAAGACGAAUGGACAAAACCGGUUUGUUCAAUGCUGCACAAGCGUCUCCACCAAGGAAAUCACGUUGCCUAUAACCGGAUUCAAAUAUCAGAGGAGAAAUCCUCCAUGCGUCAAAGCAGUCAUUUUCUUCACAAAAGAGGGCGAACAAUGUAUUCACUGGAACCAGAGCUGGGUUCGGGAGAAGAUCCAGGAGCUCAUAAUCUCAAUGGAGAAAAUUAACAGCACUGUUUCUACACCGCUGAAGAUGAACAGCACUCUCUCUACACUUCUGAGGAUCAACAGGACUGUUUCCACAGCUCUGCAGAUGAACAGCACUCUCUCUACUCCUCUCUCCACCUCAUCUUCUUAAUAAAAAAACUCUAAAGAUGUUUAAACUGAUCAAAAUGAAAAUAAGUUCUGCUGAAAUAAGUUAACUUGUUUUAAAAAAUGCUGUGGAUGCUUCAUGCUAUUUAUUGUAACUUAUUGUAUUGAGAAAUUGUAUUUAUUUGGUAUUUUAACAAUUUAACUAAAAGUCAUGUAUUGUACUGUACUGUACUUGAAUUGUAUGCUUGUCAUCCAUAAGUUAUGUUACAAUGAAGAACUUGUACACAGACAAA